UGACAGUUGCUUUCACUUCUUAAUUUCUGAGGUAAACAAGUUAAAGGAUGAGUGAACUGGAACAGUUGAGGCAGGAAGCUGAACAACUUCGGAAUCAGAUCCAGGAUGCCAGGAAAGCAUGUAAUGAUGCAACACUUAUUCAGAUCACAUCAAAUAUGGAUUCCGUGGGUCGAAUACAGAUGCGAACGAGACGUACGCUGAGGGGUCACCUAGCUAAAAUCUAUGCGAUGCAUUGGGGAUACGAUUCAAGGUUACUCGUCAGUGCUUCUCAAGAUGGAAAAUUAAUUAUUUGGGAUAGCUAUACAACAAAUAAGAUGCACGCUAUUCCUCUGAGGUCCUCCUGGGUGAUGACCUGUGCCUAUGCACCCUCUGGUAAUUAUGUUGCAUGUGGAGGACUGGACAACAUCUGCUCUAUAUAUAACUUAAAAACCAGAGAGGGAAACGUGAGAGUGAGCCGAGAGUUACCAGGUCACACAGGCUACUUGUCCUGCUGUCGAUUUUUAGAUGACAGCCAAAUUGUCACAAGUUCAGGAGAUACAACUUGUGCUUUGUGGGACAUCGAAACUGCCCAGCAGACUACCACAUUCACUGGGCAUUCUGGAGAUGUGAUGAGUCUUUCUCUGAGUCCUGACAUGAGGACUUUUGUUUCUGGUGCUUGUGAUGCCUCUUCAAAAUUAUGGGAUAUUCGAGAUGGAAUGUGUAGACAGUCUUUCACUGGACAUGUGUCAGAUAUUAAUGCUGUCAGUUUUUUCCCAAAUGGAUAUGCCUUUGCCACCGGCUCUGAUGAUGCCACUUGCCGGCUUUUUGACCUCCGUGCAGACCAAGAAUUACUGCUGUAUUCUCACGACAAUAUUAUCUGUGGAAUCACCUCUGUAGCUUUCUCAAAAAGUGGGCGCCUCCUGUUAGCUGGUUAUGAUGACUUCAAUUGUAAUGUAUGGGACACGCUAAAAGGAGAUCGUGCGGGUGUUCUUGCUGGUCACGAUAACCGGGUCAGCUGUUUAGGUGUAACAGAUGAUGGCAUGGCUGUGGCAACAGGCUCUUGGGACAGUUUUCUUAGAAUCUGGAAUUAAUAGCAUGUGCAGGUUUUUCUGUUCUCCGUUGCUAUCUGGAGAAAUCAGUGCUACAGCCUAUAGCUGUGAGAAGAAAAUUCUACCUUAUAUUUGCAGGUGAAGAUUUUUCUAUUGAGAUAAUUAUAUACAAAAAGCAGCUUUCAGUAAACUAUAAAACAAAAAAGUGGAAAAAAAAAAAAAAAGGCAAGGGUGCUUGCUGAGA